UAUGAUUUUGCGCCAAUUUGAGUUUAUUUGAACUUUAUAUGAUUCGUAUUUCAAUUCAUGUUAAAUUAAAAGUACUUAAAAAUUUUUGGGAUCUAAUGGAAAAAACUAAAAAGCAUAGGAUUUCUGAGGAGAAUUCACCAGAAAAAUAUGAAAAGAAUGAUAAGAAAAAAGUGAAAUUGAAUUCAGAUUUCAAGCUUACAGAUGAUGAUAAAUAUUUUGAUAGUUUAUUUAAUGAUUCAUAUUUGGAUGAAAUUACUACAAAAAUCAAUGACGAGAAUUUACAGUCAAACUAUCAGAAUGUGGAAGUUAAACUUCAUACAAAUCAAUGGUACAGAUUUAAAAUAGAAAGUUAUGAAACAGAUUCCAGAAACUAUGACUUGAAGGUAGUACUUUAUAACGAGGAGACCACGACACGAAUUACAUGUCGUCUAAAAGAACAAUGGUCCCAAACGAAGCUUAGUCUAGAUGGAAUAAUAUCAGUUCUUCCAGUAUGGAGUAGUAGUGACAAGUGUUAUGUGGUAAAUGAUGCAGAAGGUUACUUUGUAACAAAUCCAGAUAAUUUAAUUUCUUGUACAACUGUCGUAGGUUCUCUUUUUUGUCAAAGAAAAGCAGUUUUACAAGAAAAAUUUCGUAUUGAUACUGGUAACAAGAUGAUGGUAAUAGGAAUUAUAGUUCACGAGCUGUUUGAAACUGUUCUGCAAAAGAAAAUUUUAUCCCGGGAACACAUAGUACAGCUAGUGAAACAAAUUCUUAAUUCAAAAAAUUUAUUUCCGGCAAUGUUUUCAUGUAAAAUGGAUCCGAUUGAAACAGAGAAUGAAAUAAUGGACUUUAUACCAAAUAUUUUAAGUUUUGUAAAAAAAUAUGUACUAGGAGAAAAUAUGAAAACAAAUAGAGAUGAAUUUCCAGACACCAUUUCCGAAAUUAAAGACAUUGAAGAAAAUGUUGUUAUUCCAAAUUUUGGAUUAAAAGGAAAAAUAGAUGUUUCAGUAAAAAUCCAUCGUCGCAAGAAAGAGUCAGUUUUAAAACAAGAUAAAAAUGUAGUAUUGCCCUUGGAAUUAAAAACAGGACGUUCAUCUUUUUCUUUAGAACACAGAGGGCAAAUAGUUUUAUAUCAAAUUAUGCUUCAGGAAUUGGGUUUUCAAACAGAUUCUGGCCUUUUAUUAUAUUUGCGAGAUGGAAUCAUGAAGGAAAUAUUGCCAAACCGAAAUGAACAAAGAGAUUUAAUAAUUUUAAGGAAUGAAAUAAGUUAUUAUUUAAAUAACAAACUACAACCCUGUUCUUUGAACUCUAAGUAUCCAAUUGUAUCACUACCCGAACCAAUAAGUAAUUUUAACGCAUGUAACAAGUGUCCAUAUUCAACUAUAUGUACAACAUUUUUAAAAGCCGAUGAGACUAGUAAUUUUCCGGACGAUCAUCCAAUAAAAAAAGUUUGUUCUUCAGUUACAGCACAUUUAACAUCGUCUCACGUCGAUUAUUUUAUGCUUUGGUAUGAAAUAAUUAGUUUGGAACAAGAUGAAGAUAAUAGGUCAAAUAAAUUGAACGCUUUUUGGUUGUAUACUCCAGAAGAAAGAAUGAAACAUCAGCGAGCUAUUAUAAAUAUUCAGUUGUGCAAUGUGUUCGAAUCAUUUGAAUCGAAAGAGUAUAUUCAUUCAUUUAUUUUGGAAUCGCCCGAAAGCGGAAAAUCUAAAAUUGAAUACGAUUUUGUGGCCACUGGUUUCUCUAUUGGCGAGUACGUCAUAAUAAGUACAAGAAAACGCGUAUCCAUAGCAGCUGGAAAUAUUUGCGAUUUAUCUCCAACAUCAAUUACUAUAGCACUGGACAGAAAUCUUUCUAAAAACUACGCUGAAGAAAGCUUUAUUAUCGACAAAUAUGAAUCGAAAUCCAAUUAUUUGUUCAAUUUUACAAGUAUAAGUUUACUUCUUGCAGAUAAGGAACACAUUUCUUUUUUCAGAAAUAUAGUAAUUGAUAAGAGGAAACCUACGUUUGGUAAAAAAUUACCAGCAAUUUUAGUUCGUGAAGGAAAACCUAUUUUGGAAGAAUUGAACAAUGUACAACAAUCUGCUGUAUUAAAAGCAUUAAGUACCGAUAGUUACAUUUUAAUAAAAGGACUUCCUGGAACUGGAAAAACUCAAACUUUAGUGGCCAUAAUACGUUUAUUAUUUCUUCUGAAAAAGUCUGUUAUAAUCACCUCUCACACACAUUCUGCUGUUGACAAUGUGUUAUUAAGGUUAAAAAGAUACGAUAUACCGUUCUUAAGACUUGGAAGUGAAAGUCGUGUUAAUACAAGUUUGCUGCAACAUUGUGAAGCUGCUCUAAUCAAAAAUUGUAAAAAUCUAGAGGAAGUCGAAAAAAUGUAUAAAUCCUUUUCAGUCGUUGGAGUAACAUGCCUUGGUUCUAAUCAUGCGCUCUUUACAAAUGGAGCAGAAUUCGAUGUUUGCAUAGUAGAUGAGGCCACCCAAGUAUAUCAACCAACAGCUAUAAGAGCUCUUCUUAACGCCAAAAAAUUUAUUCUGGUUGGGGAUCCCGACCAACUACCACCAUUGAUAAAGUCGAAAAAAGCACGGCAACUGGGUGCUGAUGAAAGUCUUUUCCAUCGCUUAGAUUCAUCAAACGCUACUAUAGUUUUGACCUUACAGUAUAGAAUGAACAGAGUCAUAACAAAACUUGCUAAUAAUUUUACGUAUGGCGAUAAAUUACAGUGUGGAAAUGAUUCUACAAUGAAAGCUAAUUUGAAAUUUUCUAAAGAAUCUAUGUUACUAGAUAAAUAUGGGAAACAAAAAUGGAUUUUAAAAGCUUUAGAAAAGCAUAUUGAUCAGUCGGUUAUAUUUCUUGAUACCAAAAACUGCCAAGAGCUAUCGUCACAGUUUUCGAAAAAUUUAUCGCAUAAAAAGCAAAUUAUUUUGUCUAACGAUUUUGAUGGAAACAAGAACGAGAAACAAAAUGAUCAAAGGUGCAUUAAUUAUUGUGAAGUUGCAAUCGUAUUUACAUUGGUGAAAGCUUUUACUUUAGGUGGCUAUAGUUGCCAAAAUAUUGGAAUUAUUGCACCUUAUAGAGCACAAGUUGAUUUGUUAAGAAGCAUUUUUAAAUUUUCUGAGAAUACCAGUGAAGUUUCAUUAAAUGAUAUUGAUAGUUUAGAAAUUAACACAGUUGAUCAAUAUCAAGGACGUGACAAAGAAAUUAUUAUUUAUUCCUGUACAAAAACUGGGGAAGUAAAUAAAACUAAGAUUAAUAAUAGUAAUGAAGUGUUAGAAGACUGUCGCAGAUUAACAGUAGCCAUUACCAGAGCGAAACAAAAGUUAAUUAUUGUAGGGGAUCAAAGUUCUUUAAUGGAGUUUACGUCAUUUAAUAAUCUUUUGAAUAAAAUCCCUAACAGAUGUAAAUUUAUUCUUGAAGACGAAAAAUUAGGAUUUUCAUGGUCUGAAGUUUUUGCGGAAAUUCAAGGUUCCAUUAACUAAAAAUUGUAAACUUACGCAUAUAUUUGUACAUAAAUAUUUAAAACAUUAUAUUUUAUUUCAUUUUAAACUUAUAUUUUAUUUUGUUAC